CUUAGCAACGCGCCCGCAAGGCUGAUGUGUAUUUGAUGCAAUGCCCGUCGCUCCAGCGUAUGCGAUGCACCGUAAGGAGUGCCGAUUGUCGCCUAUAGAAUGAAUCACAACGCUCUCCUGUGGUUGUACAUGAAGCUCGAGAGCAUGAUGAUGUCAACGCACCACUGGAUUAUGUCGAUGUUGUUCCAGGAUUUGCGGUCCCACAAGUACGUGGCAAGUUUCAGCGCAUCGUUCAUGAUCGUCGGCAUCCUAGUGCUUCUCGUGAGCCUUGCCUUAGUGAGGACUCCGUCCGUGUGGAACUUGAAGCGACCGCAGCAAACGACAUCUAAGUUGGAGCUGACGCCCUACAAGAGAACGGAGAUAGCCGACCAGCAGAAUACGCGCUCUCUGCCGAAUUUCCUGCCGGACAGCAACGAUCUCGAAGUGACCGAAGAAGAGAUAGUUGACGUCUACAACCACCUUCCCACCCGGAAGAGGAAAGACGAGAACGACAGGAACGAUGUGGAAGCUCUGACAUCACUCAGGGCAGCAAUGCACAUGGUUGCACUGGGAAAGUACGAGAAGGCACUCAAGCUGUUUCAGCACGCGCUCAUCUUAAGUCCCAGCCAUCCGGACAUACUCACCGAGUACGGGCAAUUUCUGGAGAACCACCAGCAGGACUUCAUCAAGGCGGACCACAUGUACAGCCGUGCUCUUGUUGCCAAACCAGACCACUCUCAGGCACUGGUGAACCGUCAACGCACGCUACCCGUGGUUGAGAAGCUGGACGAGAAACAGCUGACACGGAUAGACAAAAAACGGCUGUUCCUUAUCCAAAUCCCAGAGGGUGACCCGUCCCUGAAGCGCAUGAAGAAAGAGGCGUACUUCCAGCACAUACACCACACAGUGGCCAUCGAGGGCAACACCAUGACGCUUGCGCAGACCCGUAUGGUUGUCGAGACACGCACAGCUGUGCCAGGCAAGAGCAUCAUGGAGCACAACGAGAUCCUGGGCUUGGACGCCGCACUCAAGUUCGUCAACAACACUUUGGUCAACAAGGCACUGCUGACGGUCUCCGACAUCUUGGCCAUGCACCGCCGCAUCUUGGGCCAUGUCGACCCCGUGGACGCUGGAACCUUUAGAAGGACACAAGUGUUUGUGGGUGAACACACGCCGCCGAAAGCUUCGUUGGUCCGAGACAUGAUGGAGGACUUUGUGGACUGGCUCAACUCCGAGGAAGCACUCCGGCUGCACCCAGUGAAGUAUGCGGCGCUCGCUCACUACAAGUUGGUCUUCAUUCACCCUUUUGUUGAUGGAAAUGGGAGGACAGCACGGUUGCUCAUGAAUUUGCUCUUGAUGCGCGUUGGCUACCCUCCAGUGAUUGUGCGCAAGCAGGACCGUGCUCUAUACUACGAGUACCUCCAGUUAGGCAAUGAAGGCGACGUCAGACCAUUCGUGCGGUUUAUUGCGGAGUGCACUGAGCGGACAUUAGAUGUUUACCUCUAUGCAACUGAGUACGCCAAGCACCAGAGAGCGUUAACAAGCCAAGACAGCAAUGAGGGUGAAGUAGCGUUUGUCAGCUAACCAGCACAUAUUGCUAGGAAGCAAGCCAAUGAGUGCCGACUGACAGAAUCGUGGUCAACAAUACGAGUGCCCUUCCAGGCCUAGUGUAAGUUUGCCUGCUGUGUGGAAACCAUGAAGGUGCAGCUACAAGUGACCCAUUGUACCGAUUUAUGACGAGUUGAUAAUUUAUCCACAGUGCUGAAAUAGGUGCAGACGGCUGUGCCUUUCAGCAUGAACAAUUGUAUAUACUAUUAGAAUGAUAUUUAUGUAUUUAUGUGGUUGUUAUGCAACAUCCAUUCUUUAAAAGGUGUUGAUUACAGCUUUACUUGAAGUUGACAAUAACGAAAAGUUGUUUAGAGAUUAAGCUCUCAGUAUUGUUUUGCGAAUAAACGCUUCAAUGCACUCGUUGAA